AUGACCGGGCGUGGUCCACCACCACCACCUCCGCCGCCCGGUCCACCGCCGCCUGCACCACCGCACCUCGCACAACGUCCUCCUCCUCCUCCACCAACACCCAAGGAUGCACCCAGCACAUGCCCAAGCGAGCCUCGCAAUGGGAACUUUCAGUCGAUACAAGCCGACACAAUUCCAACGAAUGGCGUUCAAAGUUUAGUUCCAGACAAAGCAGCUCCUGGCACCGCAACAGAUGAUAAACGAGCCUUCGCUCUAGAACGCACUUCUCUCUUACAACAGCUCGAGAUCGAUCGAAUCCUCAGUGCAUUCCGUCUCAAUCCAUACGAUGUCCUCGAAGUACCACUGGAAGCAGACGACAAGGAGAUCAACAAGAUCUAUCGCAAAAAGUCGCUUCUUAUCCACCCGGAUAAGGUCAAGCAUGAAAGGGCAGUAGAAGCCUUCGAUCUGCUCAAGAAAGCCUCUUCUCACCUUUUGGACGAGGAAAAACGCAAAACACUCGACGAAACCGUCAUGGACGCCCGCCUCAUGGUCCUCAAAGAGCUUAACCUUGCUUUUGCUACAGCAUACGACGAUCCAAGGCUAGCGAACUUGAGCCCGAGCUGGGAAGAAAGAGUGAGAGCAGCGACUAAGGAGUUGAUGGUGGAUGACGAGUUGAGAAGAAGAAAGGCGAUUCGAAUUCAACAUCAACAGGAAGGUGAGGCUCAUAGGAAAAGGGAACAAGCUGUGGAGGAGAGGAAGAGGAAGGCGGAGCAGGAGGCGGCUUGGGAACAGACCAGAGAUCAUAGAGUGGCCGAUUGGAGAGCGUUUCAGAAGGGAGGGAAGAAGAAGAAGAAGAAGAGUGAUAAUAUUCUUGGUUGA